CCGUCGACUGAUAAGGUGCAGCCGACGGACUUCCAAGUCUCCUUGAGGGGCGACACCAACUCGAAGGUGUCGGCCUUCAACUUCUGGAGCAGGGGCCCCGACACCUUGUAUGCCGAGGGUAGCUUGUACGGCUUCCCAUGCACUCACCUGUUCUGUCGUGCUCCACAUUUGUAUGUGCUCAACUCGACAAUAAUCGUGAAGGCCGUUUGAUGAAGUCGUUUGAAAGGGUGCACACCUCUGGGGGGAUUGGGAAAUUUGCGACACGUCAGGUUCGCGAUGUGUCGCGUACAUCGCGAACUCAUUUUCAGGCGCGAAACUGUACACCAGGCCAUUAGCGACAGUGGGGUACAGUUCGCACCGGCUUCGCGAAUUGGAUCCAAUUCGCGGAUCGACAUUGGCGCCGAGUCGCGUUUCGUUGGAAAGUUGUGUCAGGUCGAAUCUGACUUUGGAGCGACACCAAAAUCGAGUCAGCCAAACCAACAUACGCGAUAUA